UAAUUUCGUUUGCAUCCAGAAGUCAGAGACGAAGAAAGGUAGGUCUAGUUGAAAAAGGCGAUGGCUCCGAAACAGCCAAACACCGGUCUCUUUGUUGGGUUGAACAAAGGUCAUAUUGUAACCAAGAAAGAAUUGGCUCCACGCCCAUCUGACAGGAAAGGCAAAGCUACGAAAAGGGUAACCUUUGUUAGGUCUUUGAUCAGAGAAGUGGCUGGUUUCGCACCUUAUGAGAAGAGAAUUACUGAACUUCUCAAGGUUGGAAAGGACAAGCGUGCUCUGAAAGUGGCCAAGAGGAAAUUGGGCACUCACAAGAGGGCAAAGAGGAAGCGUGAGGAGAUGUCUAGCGUUCUCCGUAAGAUGAGAUCUGCUGGUGGUGCUGAGAAGAAGAAGUGAGGAAUUCAAUUCUUGCAUUCAUCCUUCCAAUCACUGUUCUUCAAAAGCUUCUCCUUGUUUUGAUCUUUCUUUAUUUCAAACCUAAAUUUAGCUUAUGAUACAAUAUUUUCCAACUUUGUCGAGUAUGAUUAGAAUUUUGAACUUCUUGGAACAUGUUUUAUGCACUUUCUAGUGAGAUUUAUGGAUUUGUUUGAUUUUCAAA